CCGCCAGGGACACAUCCGGCCAGCCGCGCCCGCUGGGGAAGGGGGAGCCACAGGAAGGCGGCGAGCAGACGCUAGACAGCUGCUGCCAGUGUCUUCUUCCAGCGCCUCUCCCAGGGACAGCCGCCGCCGCAGCCUCCAUCGCUGCCUCCUCCUCGGGCUAACCGCUGCCUGCGCUCCGCCAGCGCCAGCCGCCUCGGUGCUUGCAUCGCGCCCGGGGGCACCGACCAGGGCAGCCGCCUCGGUGCUUGCAUCGCGCCCGGGGGCACCGACCAGGGCAGCCGCCUUGGUGCUUGCAUCGCGCCCAGGGGCCCCGCGGCAGGUGCCUGCCCAUCGCUCUCCGCCCGUCCCCGGAGCAGCGAGCAGCGUCCAGCUCCCGCGGGGAGUCCAGCAGCCUCCCGCGGGCGGGGCUGAGCCCCUCCGCCUCCCACCUGCCCGCCGCCGCAGCCCCAGUCUCGCCUCCCCGAGGCCCCCGCAGUAGCCAAGACGCCGCGGGCCGUGCUCCGAGUGAAGAAUGGGGCGUCGAAACUGCCCAAGCCGCAGGCGGCGGCCGAGGCCCCCGGCAGCGCCCCCGGCCCCGGACUCUUCAUGGAGCGCUCGCAGAGCCGCCUCAGCCUGUCCGCCUCCUUCGAGGCCCUGGCCAUCUACUUCCCCUGCAUGAACAGCUUCGACGAGGAGGACGCGGACGGGGAUGGGCGGAGACUCAAAGGUGCUAUCCAGCGGAGCACAGAAACUGGUCUGGCUGUCGAAAUGCCAAGCCGGACGGUCCGUCAAGCCAGCCAUGAAUCCAUUGAAGACAGUAUGAACAGCUAUGGAUCUGAAGGAAACUUGAAUUUCAGUGGAGUCCAUCUGGCAUCUGCUGGGCAGUUUAGUGACUUCCUGGGGAGCAUGGGUCCUGCACAAUUUGUUGGUCGUCAGACCUUGGCCACCACCUCCAUGGGAGACGUGGAAAUUGGUUUACAGGAGCGGAAUGGACAGCUAGAAGUGGAUAUCAUUCAGGCACGAGGACUGACCCCCAAACCCGGCUCCAAAACCCUUCCAGCGGCUUACAUCAAGGCAUAUCUACUAGAAAAUGGAGUGUGCAUUGCAAAAAAGAAGACAAAAGUGGCUCGAAAAUCAUUAGACCCCCUGUACAACCAGGUGUUACUGUUUGCGGAGAGCCCACAAGGCAAAGUAUUACAGGUGAGGCAGCAGCUCUGCCCUGAGAAAGCUGCAAUAUUCUGCUAAUACUGAGACUAUGGGAGGAAGCUGGAAGCUGCUAGGGAUUAGCCAGAUGGCACAAUUCAUCUUCAGUCGUCGUCAUCAUCAUCAUCAUGCUCAUCCUCUCCUCUGCAGAACCGAGGCCUCAUUCUGAGGUCUCUGAUCACCUCGGUCUUGAACCAAAUGGGACCAUUUUGAUUGUGCACAAGCUUGCUUGUUUCACUGCUGAUGGCCCUUACUGCACCUGUUGUACCAUCCAUUGCGUCAUAAGUGUGAUUCUGCUUUCACCGCUGCCUGUGUCUUUGUCAGCCCUUUUUCAUUAGAUCUCCCUUGUAGUCUUGGAGACUUUCUUCCCCUGUCUAUUCCCCUUUCUCUCCAUGUAACUCCAAGCAUGCAUCUUGUAUUGCAGAGCUAGCUUGCUAAUCUGUAGCUUCUGGCCUGUUCUCCGGGUGAGUAACCAUGUGUCAUCACCAUAUGUUAAGUUUCACAAGACCUGGAUGCAAAAGCAAAUAUGGAGCUUGCUCUUGGUGCUGCUACUUAGUCCUCUGACAGCUAGUGUCUAACCAUGGUUUUCCAGUUCAGUGGACCCAUUUCUGCCCUCUCUCUCAGCAGGCCUCUUCUGUGACAUUGUCUAUUCAAUUUCCAUUGUAAUGCUUGCACAAAAGAGAACUUAAAAUACUUAAAUAUUGAUAUAAACAAGUAUACUGCCCCCUGAAUUACAAUGUGAUGAAACUUGCAUGAACAUCCGAUUCACGUCCAGGAUGCUUGCACAGGAGAGACUUCUCAGGGAGCUUACUAAGUGCCUAGAAUAUUUGUACUUUUAAACCGGUCACUUAUUACUUUAUCUGUCACCCUUCCUUGCAUUGUAUAGUAUCUUACUCCAGGAGUCAUUCCACUGAGUCCUAUCGGAGUAGUCCUGGUACUGCUCAAUGUGAGUAAGUGUAUCAGAAUCUAGCCCUUAUUUUAGCAGAUCCAAACAUGUCUAAAAUACUAGACUUCCCCCCUGAUUCUUCCACUCCUAAAAAAGGCUUAAAUGACUCAAACAGUUUGAAGGAGAAAUGAGCAUCUGGUCUCAUUCGUAUGUCAAGCUUCAGGCUAAUGCAAAGCUAAAAGAAAAAUUGAAUAUAUGAGGCCAGAUUGUUCCUCUAGAUCCACGCUUGAUUUGCAGACCUCCUGUCCCGUCUCACUGUUACUAAGGGGAGUUAAUUGAGCUCUGGCUGAAAGAUUCAGCUCUGAGAAUGAAUUCAAGAUUUUUAAAAAAUUAUUUUUCGCUGAGAUUCUUGUUAACAGGGAUUGUGCAGAUCAGCUGGCAGGAUCAGGGGCUAACCAGACAAGGGUUGGAGAAAGGAAGUUCUGGUAUCCUCAUUUUACAGAUGGGAAAAUGAGGCACAGAGAGACUUAAUAUCCCUGUCCAGUGUUGCAGGGUUUGUUGCAAACUCUGCAGAAUAUUUAAACCCAAGACAAAAUGCACACAAACUUGUGUGCGCACACUUUUUUUUUUUUCUGGGAUUUUUUUUUUAAUAAUAUUAAGCUUUGCAAAACCAUAUCAGAAAAUAAGCUUGGGGCCUAAUAGAAGCAGUCAGGGAUUUUGUAGCACAAGUCCAACAACACUUUUUCUAAAGUCUCUUAUUAUUUGAGGGUCCUGUGGCACCUUUAAGACUAACAGAAGUAUUGGGAGCAUAAGCUUUCGUGGGUAAGAACCUCACUUCUUGCAUCUGUUGCUUUUUACAGAUUCAGACUAACACGGCUACCCCUCUGAUACUUAUUAUUUUGAAUGGGGUGUGGAGAUUUAGGACUGUAUUUUCCAUGAUGUAAAAACUGGAUGUCUGAUCCAUAGCCCA